AAAGAUUUUACUGAGGGCAAAAUAAAGCUUUACGUACACUAAUUUCAGUGUUUUUGGCUUUUUCAUUUGAUGUUUGAGUGUGUACCGUGCGUUUCAGCUACUUUGCGACCGUGCUGACAGUUACUUGGCCUUAGUUGAUACAAAUAACAUAGUUUAAAAAAAGAGAUAACUGUAAAAUGACGGAACAGUCCUCGUUGUUACUACGUAAACAAUUAGCAGAACUCAACAAGAACCCAGUGGAAGGAUUUUCUGCAGGUCUUGUGGAUGAUGAUGACAUCUAUCAAUGGGAAGUGGUCGUCAUCGGACCUCAGGACACGUUAUUUGAAGGCGGUUUUUUCAAAGCUACCUUAACCUUUCCCCGUGACUAUCCUUUGAGGCCCCCGAAGAUGAAGUUCAUCACAGAAAUCUGGCAUCCAAAUGUGGCAAAAAAUGGCGAUGUUUGCAUCUCUAUCCUGCAUGAACCUGGCGAGGACAAGUAUGGCUAUGAGAGGCCUGAAGAGCGCUGGCUGCCAAUCCAUACAGUGGAGACUAUCAUGAUCAGUGUUAUAUCCAUGUUGGCAGAUCCCAAUGGAGACUCUCCUGCUAAUGUAGAUGCAGCUAAAGAGUGGAGGGACGAUCCUACAGUUUUUAAGAAAAAGGUUGCACGCUGUGUGCGGAGGAGUCAAGAGAUGGCUUUUGACUAAGACCCCACUCCAGCCAUCAACACAGUUGGAACUGCGCAGGGGAUUUAACAACUGGUUAGACCUAAGUCAGCUUAGAAGACCAUGUGGCACAAGCUUAUCAACGUCAAACUGUCACCCGAAAAAAAAGUUUAUAAACCCAUUAGUAUUUAAGUACCAUCAGCUGUGCAUUUUUGAGCAGUGUCUUAUUUCUCUAUUCAUUUCUGUCUUUCAGUUUUGGGAGUAGUUUAUGAAUAUUGUUGAAUGGCUGCAGCAUUCUGGCUGCCAAAAGUUCCCAUUUUAUUUUUCACUUCUCAUCAGAUACACAAGAAACUGCUUAGUCAUCAGCAUUUCACUCACAGGAAGAUACAUUAUAUAGCCUAUACUUAUUUUAGUUAUGUACAUACUCAGACUUCUGAAGAAACUCCAGAUCCAAAUCCCAUCUGAUAAAUGCACAAUAUCUAAAGUUUGUUUACUUAUAUUUACCUAUUUAUUUAGAGUGAGGCUAUUUUUUUGAAUAUUGUCAACCUUGGAGACUGUUAUUUUUCUUUUCAACCUGCUACACUGAGCCAUCCAGUCUGUUGUUUAAUCAAUUAUGCAAUUUUAUAGUAUUUGAAGUCUGUGAAGAGCUAGAGGUACAGACACCGGCUUUCCUGCACAUCUGAAGUAUCCUGCAGAGUGCUCCUUUCCAGGAACUUGUCACCCAGCGCUGCCUUAACUUUGCCUUGGGUAAGGACUGCAAUUGAAGGCGUGUUGUGACCACAGAGAAAACUCUUGUGAACAAACCAAAAAAGUAUUUUUGUAAUGAACAUGCUACAUUUUUAGCUAUGUGAAUAUAAACCAUUUGUCCUUGUCAUUGCCUAGUACAGCGAAAAUGCAUCCACCUUUCAUAUGAGAGAGGUAGCAUUCAGUAGUACUUCAGCCACUACCCACAAAACCUCCUGAUAAAGUGACGCAUUGAGGCUGAGCAGUAGUAAUUUCAUGUCUAGUAAGGACAGUAUUUGAUGAGUUAACAGGUAUGCAGCAGUAGCCACUUUUGAGGACUGUUAAGAGUGUGAAAAAGAAUAAAGCUUGGUGUGGAGAUUGA